CUCGUUCGUCGUGGACACAACUAAAAUCGUCGCGGAGCCGGAAAUUUGCACGUGGCAACGGUACUUGGUCCUUUUCUCUCAUCUCCUCGCGCUGCGUGUGUGUGUUGGUGUGCUGAUGUGCCGGAUUGCGGCUGUGUGUUAGUGUAUCAUCGCAAGCUGUAAAAGUGGGCAAUUGAAAAUGUGUUUUAGGCAGAAGUUGUCCUUUUAUCUAUGCGAAAUUAAAGAGAAUCGACAAACACAUCUACGUCCUGUGUGUGCGUGAAAUGUAAAUGUAUGCCAAGGCAUAAGAGAUCUAACGAAACCGAAAGGAAACGACGAAAAAAGCAAAUAAAAGCAAAAUCCCUUGAAAAGUGAAAGCAAUUAAAACGCACUUUAAAACAUGAAAUGAAAUAUUUUUCGGUGCACGAUGUAUGAAAUAUCAACAUGAUUGGUUUCCCAAUAGUGUUUAUCAAUAAGGGAGUGAGUGUGCAAUUGUGUGACCAACUACGAAAGAAGUAAAAAGGAAAUAACAUAUAAAGGAGAAAAGGAUACGCGAGCUUAAAGCAAAAGGAAUUUCUACUGUCCCAUCUGACCGAGUCGAAGUCAAGGAUUAUUUUCGCCAGCAGAACAAACAAUAAAACUGCCAGUAGUCAUAAAAGCAGCAGCUAUAUAUAUGGAUGCGUGUAUAUAGAUCAUUGACUUUCAGAAGAUCAAGAUGAAAUCCAGUCAGCUGGCAGCUCGUCUUAUCAUCCCAGCCCAUCAGCACAGGUAGUCUAAAUGACAAGAAAGAAAACAAGUCAAUCGAGAGCCACAUCGAAAUAGGUGAAGACAGUUUGACAAUAGCUCGGUCAGGUCGCAUAACUUGAAGCUCCACUGUGCCACGAUGGGGGAAAGUCAGCUGCUGCUGUUGCUGCGGAUCCUGCUGCUUCCGACCGUCCUCAUUGGCUGGAUGGACUGUGCGGAGGCCUCCACGGCGGACAUAUACAAGGGCGCCCGGCUGGGUCACCGCAUCGUCCAGACGCGCUACGGCCGACUCCACGGACUCAUCCUGCCGCUGGACAGCUUUCGCUUCCUGCGAUCCGUGGAGGUCUUCCUUGGAGUGCCAUAUGCAACGCCACCCACCCAACAAAAUCGGUUUAGUCCCACAAGAGCUCCAGCGCCUUGGGACGGCAUUCGCAUAUCGGAUAAAUACAGUCCAGUUUGUCCGCAGCGACUGCCCAACAUUCAAAACGAAACGGCGGCGCUGGAGAAAAUGCCCAAGGGUCGCCUGGAAUACUUGAAGAGACUGCUGCCCUUUCUGGAGAACCAGUCCGAGGACUGUCUUUACCUAAAUGUCUUCUCGCCGGUCAAUGCCGGAGCCAAUGAGAAGAAAUUGCCUGUGAUGGUGUUCAUACACGGCGAGUCCUUCGAGUGGAGCAGCGGAAAUCCCUACGAUGGCAGUGUCCUGGCCAGCUACGGAGAAGUGGUGGUGGUGACCCUCAACUACCGAUUGGGAAUACUAGGUUUCCUCAAUGCCAAUCCCAAUCCGCAUGCCCAUGCGAGGGUGGCCAACUAUGGGCUUAUGGAUCAAAUGGCAGCCCUCCAUUGGAUCCAGCAGAAUAUCCAAAAGUUCGGCGGAGACCCCAACUCGGUGACUUUGGCGGGUCAUGGAACGGGGGCGGCCUGCAUUAAUUACCUGAUGACCUCGACCACGAUGGUCCGGGGUUUAUUCCAUCGGGCCAUUCUAAUGUCCGGUUCAGCCUACUCAUCCUGGGCCCUGGUCGAAGAUCCGGUUCUGUUCGCCAUCAAGUUGGCCAGGGAGGUGAACUGCACUAUUCCCGAGGACAUCAAUCGACAUCACGAGCAAAUUGUCGACUGUCUAAGGGAUGUGCCGCUCGACGACCUCUACUCCGCCGACAUUCAGGCUCCCAAUUUUCUCACGUCCUUCGGGCCAUCGGUUGAUGGCGUUGUCAUACGACCCGGACAUUCCAAUCUCGAUAUCGAUGAUUUAAUGGCGCGCAACUCGAGGCGUUCGUCAGCGGACUCCGGCUUCCAGUCGUCCGCCGGCGGAGGGGGCGGUCCGGGUGGCGGUGGCGGAGGUGGCGGGGGCGGUGGCUCCGGAUCGGCGUUCGGCGGUGGAUAUUUCGGCGGCGGAGGUGCGGGAGCGGCCAGCAUGGGCGGUCACUAUGACGUCCUGUUUGGCGUCGUUACGGGCGAAUCGAUUUGGCGCUUCAGUGCGCACGAUAUACAAAAUGGUUUCGAGGGCGAGAGACGAGAUAAAAUUAUUCGCACCUACGUUCGCAAUGCCUACAAUUAUCACCUCAACGAGAUAUUCUAUACGAUCGUCAACGAGUACACGGAUUGGGAUCGCACCUCGCAGCAUCCGAUCAACACACGGGACACGGCAGUGGCCGCCUUGUCCGAUGCCCAGUUCGUGGCUCCGAUUGUCCGUGCAGGGGACAUCCUGGCGGCCAAUUCCCCGCCGCCAGUGAGCUCAUCCUCGCCGGCUGGGUCGGCGGGUGCUAAUGCAGCUGCCUCGACUUCGGCUGGCUCCACUCAGCCCUCCGGUCGCUGCUACUUCUAUGUGUUCGAUUACCAGACGAAGGACGGCGACUAUCCCCAAAGGAUGGGCACCGUGCACGGGGAGGACUUGCCCUACAUUUUCGGAGCGCCACUGGUCGAUGGCUUCAGUCACUUUCCGCAGAACUACACCAAAUCGGAGACGGCACUUUCCGAGGCGGUGAUGAUUUUCUGGACCAACUUUGCACGCACCGGCAAUCCAAAUGAACAUCAUCGCCAGGACUCGUCGCUGCCUGUUUCAAAGGAGCGCAACCGUUUUCGCAGCAUUACCUGGGAAAAUUAUGAUCCGCUGCAUCAAAAGUAUUUGGAAAUAGGAAUGAAGCCGCGCAUUAAGAAUCACUUUCGGGCCCAUCAACUCUCGAUUUGGCUGCGUCUGAUACCGGAGCUCCAUCGCGCCGGAAUGGAGGAUGUGAUAGCCCGGCACAAUCUGUUCCGCAAUCACGACGAUAUGGACCUGUACGAGGGACCCGUUAAACCGGAUCCGUUUGGCAUAUCCUCAGCCGGCGGAGCGACCGGCUCUACAUCCUCGUCCUCCUCGUCAUCGCGCCUCCUGCUCAUCGAUGAGCAAUUGAUGAUGAAGAAGGGACGCGGUCUGAAUGCCACCGCCUAUUUAAACGGCAUAUUGGGCGUUACCACGGUUGAGCCGAACAACAUGUAUACGACCUGUAUACCCGUCGGAGGAAAUUACUCAGGCGGCGGAGGUGUUUUUGCACCCACUACUCUGGCCAACGCCUCGUCGGAUACCUUGGCCUCCGGUUUCGAGGCGGCCGGCUAUGCGGCCUAUUCGACAGCUCUCAGUGUAACGAUUGCCAUCGGCUGCAGCCUGCUGAUACUCAAUGUACUGAUUUUCGCCGGCGUCUACUAUCAGCGGGAUAAGACGCGCCUGGAGGUGAAGACCCUGCAGAAGCAGUACCAGCAGCGCAGUCUGCACCAGCAAGUGCCCUACCCACCGGAGCCCAUCAAGCACGCCCACUACCACAUGGGCCACUCGCAGAGCUCGGCCAACGUGAUCGUGGACGUGGAGAGCCAUCAGGACCAGGCGGGCCAGGCGGCCAUGCUGCUCCAAGCUGCGGCGGCGGCGGCAGCGGCUGCGGUCAACGAUGUGAAGCCGCCGCCACCGCACAUCUGCUCCAAUACAGGUAUGCAGCAGCAGCAGCAGCAGCAAGUGGGUGGCGGCAGUGGUGGGGCACUAAAUAACGGUGGCAUUGAGGGGUCAAAGGUGACCACAGACAACUUGGGCAACGUCACCUACAGCACCAGCUCCAAACAGCAGCAGCAACAUCAGCACCAGCAGCAGCAACAGCAGCAACGUGAGCACAUGCAAAUCAAGGGAAUGACCGGCACGCAAACCUUUGGCCGAGGUGGCGGCCCCGGUUCAGGGGGCGCGGCUGGAGGAGGAGGAGGAGGUGGAGGCGGCGGUUCCGCUUCCGGUGGCGCCUCCGUGGUGGUGUCCGGCAGCAGUGUGAGCUACAAUCCCGGCAUGAUGACGCUGCCCAAGUCGGGCGGACUUCAUCACGCGGCCACUUUGAACUAUGCGCGCAACACGGCCGCCCUGAAUUUGGCGGGCGGCGGCACUGCCCUCGUGGAUAGUCGCGGCAAUGUCCUGCUCACCAGCACCGCAGUGGGACCAGGAUUGGGCGGAGGUGGUGGUGGUGGUGGUGGUGGUGUUGGUGGUGGUGGUGUCGGAGGAGGAGGAUCCAACAGCGGUGAUUGCAUGACCCUGCCACGCAAUCUCAGCCUGGCGGCCGCAGGACGACACAAUCCCACGGCUGAGCUGCAGCAAUAUCAACAGCAACAGCAGUCGAGCAAACAUCAGGCAAAUGGAGCUGUCCUCACUGGCAUGCAGUCGCAUCACAUACGCGGACCACGCCCACCGCUCCGCACCGCCUCAUCGACGACAACGAACAGCAGCAGCAAUAACUCGGCGAUGGGCGUGGCCGUGGGCGGGGCCGGCGGCAGCGGCGGUGUCAACAUGCUGCUGGACCAAACGCCAUCCGGCGGCAGCAGCAGCAGCGGCGUGAGCAGCGCUCCCAGCUCCUCGAAGGGCCACCACACCCACUCGCACUCCCACGCCGCCCACCUGGUUCACUCGCACGGCGACGGCCUUGUCCUGACCUCCGCCUCGCCUGUGGGCGGGCAGCAGCAGCUGCAGCAGCAUCCGCAGCAGCAUCAGCAUCCGCAGCAGCAGCAACAGCAGCAAGUGCCGCAGGCGGCCAUGGACGAGAUGCGCGAGUUCUUUGCACCGAAGCAUGGGGAUGAUGACGGCCAACUCAAUGGGACACCAACAGAUGCCGAUGCAGCCGAAUGGGGGGCGGGAACGGGAACGGGAACGGGAACGGGAAAGGCUGGAGGAGCACUGCCGCCCAUCUCCGUCAGUGACCACAAGCAGCGGCAGCAGCUGAAGAAGCUGCGUUUCAAGCGGGAAAUGCACGCCCUGGCGCUGGAGGGGGGCGAUGCGGCCAGGGGCUACUGCUCCUGCGACGAGCAGUGGACCAACUCCUCCUCGCCGACGUCCACCACGACCUCGGCCACCAUGUCGCCGACACUGCCAGCUGCCGGAAACGCCGGCGGCGGACGCCACGCAACCGGAAAUGGGACUGGGAACUCGGGCGGCAGCAGCGGAAUUGUGAAAAUGGCGGCGGCGGGAAAACGGGGCGGGCGGCUCAAGCAGCAGCACCAUGUGCGCUUCUCCGACGAGAAGAAUUUCUCGGAUUGAGGACAACAACAAACUACUAGACUGCACCUAAUCUCUGUUUAGUCAUAGGCUAACAUAUUCUCACCCUUGUCAGUGGGGCGGAAGUCGAAAACAAAUCAUCUAAAAACCAAACAAAUUAUAUGAAAAUCCGUAGAUAAAGGUAAUCGACUAAGGAACCUGUACAUAUAGUUCGGAAGUGUUAAUAUCUAAAUAUCUGUGUUUAGUUGCUCGAUAGAUCUGUUGUGAACCAUAUAUAUAAAUAUAUAUGAAUAUAAUCAAGUAAUCAAAUAAGUUUAGCACAAAUGCAUUUUUUCCAUUCAUCAGCAAGUUGAACGCAAAUAUUGAAGCAAAUUGUUGAUAACGGAAUUCUGUUGACGGCAUUGUAAAUAUUCUAGUCGAAAUAAACAUAAAAUGUGGUAUUAUUUACUUGAAGUAAACAAUUAAAAAUAAAUUAAAAGGUAACAUAAAAAUAUGAAAAAACACAAACAUGGCUCAAAAUAGUUUAGAUUAACAAUGAAAGUAAUCAGGGGCAUAUUUGACACCAAAUAACUAGUUAAUUCGGGAGACCCCUUUUUUAUUGUGUACAGUCAAAUGCACAAGAGGAUAAAAAGAGAUGUAUAAAUGCUUAAUUUAUAAAUUUUUUAAACUCAAUCUUCUUUUCUUUAUAAAACAACAAGACAAUUUGUUUUUAAGGCUUUUAGAGAAUAUUUUUAAUUUUUUUUUAUUGAUUUUGGAAGAACGAAAGGGCACAACUCUUCUUGACAAUUAAUAACUAAAAAACUUUAACAAUUUGUUUCUAAUGUAAUAAUUACCUCAACCUAACGAAAACUCCCAAUUUAUAAUUUUAUUAAUUAUUAAACCUUUUAUUUAGUCUCUUAGAUUGUUCAAACAAGUCUGCAUACUUCUUAGUACUCUUCCAUAUAAUUUGUAAAACAUUCUGAUUACAUUAAAAAAAGCAUCGCCAAAAAAAAAACACAAAAUAUGGUAUUUGUAUUUCUAAGACUAAAUUUAUAAUCGUCUAGUUUACAAAACAAAAAAAAAUGAUUGCAGCACACGCAAAAAAUAAGUUAAGUGAUUAAUAAAUAAAAAGUUAA